CGCUGCCUCAGCCCUGCCCCUCGUUCCCUCCCUCCCUUGCAGCCCCACCACGUAGGAGUUCGGAUUCUCCAUCCGAGUCGCCCUGAUUUCCCUUUGCCUCUUUCUGAAGCGGGAGUGGUGGAGGGAGGCAGCGAGGCUGCGAGGGAGAGGCCCGCCAAGUCGGCCCGCCUGCAAAGUGUUGCUUUGACACAUCCUUACUAUGGAAGUUAAGUGAAAAAACUCUGGACGUGGAGCGGCUACCGAGAAGGAGACCGGGCAAGGAAAACCAGUAGGCAGGCCAAUGGUGUUUCGGCAGCGCGCUGGCAAGUUUGUGGAACACUUUCUAGGAAUUAGGUCUUUUUCCUCCCUCUUCAUCUUCUUGACUGCUGAAGAAAGAACUUGGCUUUGGAAGGCAAUGGAGCCUGAGGACAGAGGGUUAGACACACUUGAAUAAUCCCUCCGGCUGGGCUGAAUUUGUGGGAAUUUAGGAAGCCAGAGUGUGGAAAUACAGCAGCCUUUGGAGUGCCCUCUGUUAAUUUGGAUGGAGCUAAAUGUGCCCCAUUCGAGACCUCUCCGCUAACCCCUUCUGAUCUUGCGAUUUGCUCUUCUUGACUUUAAUUAGCAUCUAGGAAAGUCUAAACUUUGGACCUACCUCUUUUUUUGAUACUUAUUUUUGUACUUUUGCUCUCUGGGAUUGGUUUCUUAAAACAAUCUGGAUCCUUUUUAAUAUGUCAAAAUGAGUCGGCUGAUGUUUACACAACUACUGCUCUGUGGAUUUUUAUAUGUUCGGGUUGAUGGAUCUCGUCUUCGCCAGGAAGACUUCCCGCCACGGAUUGUGGAGCACCCUUCAGAUGUCAUUGUCUCUAAGGGAGAGCCCACCACUUUGAACUGUAAGGCAGAGGGCCGGCCAACGCCCACCAUUGAGUGGUACAAGGAUGGUGAGCGGGUGGAGACUGACAAGGAUGAUCCCCGGUCUCACAGGAUGCUUCUGCCCAGCGGGUCCUUAUUCUUCUUGCGCAUUGUACAUGGGCGCAGAAGCAAACCUGAUGAAGGAAGCUACGUUUGUGUUGCAAGGAACUAUCUCGGUGAAGCAGUGAGUCGAAAUGCAUCUCUGGAAGUGGCAUUGUUACGAGAUGACUUCCGGCAAAAUCCCACAGAUGUUGUAGUGGCAGCUGGAGAGCCCGCAAUCCUGGAGUGCCAACCUCCCAGGGGACAUCCAGAACCCACCAUCUACUGGAAAAAAGACAAAGUUCGAAUUGAUGACAAGGAAGAAAGAAUAAGUAUUCGUGGUGGAAAACUGAUGAUCUCCAACACGAGGAAAAGCGAUGCAGGGAUGUAUACCUGUGUUGGCACCAAUAUGGUGGGAGAAAGAGACAGUGAUCCAGCAGAACUGACUGUCUUUGAACGACCCACAUUUCUCAGGAGGCCAAUUAACCAGGUGGUGCUGGAGGAAGAAGCUGUAGAAUUUCGUUGUCAGGUCCAGGGAGAUCCUCAACCAACUGUGCGGUGGAAAAAGGAUGAUGCAGACUUGCCAAGAGGAAGGUAUGACAUCAAAGAUGAUUAUACUCUGAGAAUUAAAAAGGCCAUGAGUACAGAUGAAGGCACCUAUAUGUGUAUUGCUGAGAAUCGGGUUGGAAAAGUGGAAGCCUCUGCUUCUCUCACAGUCCGAGCUCGCCCUGUUGCUCCUCCACAGUUUGUGGUUAGGCCAAGAGAUCAGAUUGUUGCUCAAGGUCGAACAGUGACAUUUCCUUGUGAAACUAAAGGAAACCCCCAGCCAGCUGUUUUUUGGCAAAAAGAAGGCAGCCAGAACUUGCUUUUCCCAAACCAACCCCAGCAACCCAACAGUAGAUGCUCUGUUUCGCCAACUGGAGACCUCACAAUAACCAACAUUCAGCGAUCGGACGCGGGUUAUUAUAUCUGCCAGGCCCUAACUGUGGCUGGAAGCAUUUUAGCAAAAGCUCAACUGGAAGUUACUGAUGUUUUGACAGAUAGACCUCCACCCAUAAUUCUACAAGGCCCGGCCAACCAAACACUAGCAGUAGAUGGUACAGCGUUACUGAAAUGUAAAGCAACUGGUGACCCUCUUCCUGUAAUUAGCUGGUUAAAGGAGGGAUUUACUUUUCUGGGUAGAGAUCCAAGAGCAACUAUACAAGAACAAGGAACAUUGCAGAUUAAGAAUUUACGGAUUUCUGAUACUGGUACUUAUACUUGUGUGGCUACAAGUUCAAGUGGGGAGACUUCCUGGAGUGCUGUGCUGGAUGUGACUGACUCUGGAGCAACAAUCAGUAAAAAUUAUGAUUUAAGUGACCUGCCAGGGCCACCAUCCAAACCACAGGUCACUGAUGUUACUAAGAACAGUGUCACCUUGUCCUGGCAACCAGGUACCCCUGGAGCCUUUCCAGCAAGUGCAUAUAUCAUUGAGGCUUUCAGCCAAUCCGUGAGCAAUAGCUGGCAGACAGUGGCAAACCAUGUGAAGACCACCCUCUUUACAGUGAGAGGCCUGCGGCCCAACACGAUCUAUUUAUUCAUGGUCAGAGCAAUCAACCCCCAAGGUCUGAGCGACCCGAGCCCCAUGUCAGAUCCUGUGCGCACACAAGAUAUCAGCCCACCAGCACAAGGAGUGGACCAUAGACAAGUACAGAAAGAACUGGGAGAUGUCAUUGUCCGUCUCCAUACUCCAGUUGUGUUGACUCCCACCACUGUUCAAGUCACGUGGACGGUUGAUCGCCAGCCCCAGUUUAUUCAAGGCUAUCGAGUGAUGUAUCGUCAGACUUCAGGCCUGCAGGCUACAUCAGCAUGGCAGAAUUUAGAUGCCAAAGUCCCAACCGAGAGAAGCGCUGUCUUAGUCAACCUGAAAAAGGGGGUGACUUACGAAAUUAAAGUUCGACCAUAUUUUAAUGAGUUCCAGGGAAUGGAUAGUGAAUCUAAAAUAGUUCGUACUACUGAAGAAGCCCCAAGUGCCCCUCCACAAUCUGUCACUGUGCUGACAGUUGGAAGCCACAAUAGCACAAGUAUUAGUGUUUCCUGGGAUCCUCCUCCUCCAGACCAUCAGAAUGGAAUUAUCCAAGAAUACAAGAUCUGGUGUCUGGGGAAUGAAACGCGAUUCCAUAUCAACAAAACUGUGGAUGCAGCCAUUCGAUCUGUCAUAAUUGGUGGAUUAUUCCCAGGUAUUCAAUACCGGGUAGAGGUUGCAGCUAGUACCAGUGCAGGGAUUGGAGUAAAAAGUGAACCGCAGCCGAUAAUAAUUGGGGGACGUAAUGAAGUUGUCAUUACUGAAAACAAUAACAGCAUAACUGAACAAAUCACUGAUGUUGUGAAGCAACCAGCCUUUAUAGCUGGUAUUGGUGGUGCCUGCUGGGUAAUCUUGAUGGGUUUUAGCAUCUGGUUGUAUUGGCGAAGAAAGAAGAGAAAGGGACUCAGUAAUUAUGCUGUUACAUUUCAAAGAGGAGAUGGAGGACUAAUGAGCAAUGGGAGCCGUCCUGGUCUUCUAAAUGCUGGUGAUCCCAGUUAUCCAUGGCUUGCAGAUUCGUGGCCAGCCACGAGUUUACCAGUAAACAAUAGCAAUAGUGGCCCGAAUGAGAUUGGGAAUUUUGGACGUGGAGAUGUGCUGCCACCAGUUCCAGGCCAAGGGGAUAAAACAGCAACAAUGCUCUCAGAUGGAGCCAUUUAUAGCAGCAUUGACUUCACGACCAAAACCACUUACAACAGUUCCAGCCAGAUAACACAGGCUACCCCAUAUGCCACAACACAGAUCUUGCAUUCCAAUAGCAUACAUGAAUUGGCCGUCGAUCUGCCUGACCCACAAUGGAAAAGCUCGAUUCAGCAAAAAACAGAUCUGAUGGGAUUUGGUUAUUCUCUACCUGAUCAGAACAAAGGUAACAAUGCCUUACUUUACAUCCCUGACUACCGAUUGGCUGAGGGAUUGUCUAAUAGAAUGCCACACAACCAGUCACAGGAUUUCAGCACCACCAGCUCUCACAACAGCUCAGAGAGGAGUGGCAGUCUCUCAGGUGGGAAAGGUGGAAAAAAGAAGAAAACUAAAAACUCUUCUAAACCUCAGAAAAACAAUGGAUCGACCUGGGCCAAUGUUCCUCUACCUCCUCCCCCGGUCCAGCCCCUUCCUGGAACAGAGCUGGAACACUACGCAGUGGAACAGCAAGAAAAUGGUUAUGACAGCGAUAGCUGGUGUCCUCCAUUACCCGUGCAAACAUACUUACACCAGGGUAUGGAAGAUGAACUGGAAGAAGAUGAUGAUCGUGUCCCGACACCUCCAGUCCGAGGCGUGGCUUCUUCGCCUGCUAUUUCCUUUGGACAGCAGUCCACUGCAACCCUCACUCCAUCCCCACGGGAAGAGAUGCAGCCCAUGCUGCAGGCUCACCUGGACGAGCUGACCAGAGCCUAUCAGUUUGAUAUAGCAAAGCAAACAUGGCACAUUCAAAGCAAUAAUCAACCUCCACAGCCCCCGGUUCCACCAUUAGGUUACAUGUCCGGAGCCUUGAUUUCCGAUUUGGAAACAGAUGUUCCAGAUGAUGAUGCUGAUGAUGAGGAAGAAGCUUUAGAAAUCCCCAGGCCCCUGAGGGCACUAGAGCAGACACCCGGAUCCAGUAUGGACAAUCUAGACAGCUCUGUGACAGGUUCAAUGGUAAAUGGAUGGGGCUCUGCAUCUGAUGAGGAUCGUAACUUUUCUAGUCAUAGAUCUAGUGUAGGUAGCUCCUCAGAUGGCUCCAUCUUUGCCAGCGGCAGCUUUGCACAAGCACUGGUGGCAGCAGCAGAUAAAGCUGGUUUUAGGCUGGAUGGAACCAGCCUUACAAGAACAGGCAAAGCUUUUACCUCCUCUCAAAGACCUCGACCAACCAGCCCAUUUUCUACUGACAGUAAUACCAGUGCAGCCCUGAGUCAGAGUCAGAGGCCUCGGCCCACUAAAAAACACAAGGGAGGGAGAAUGGACCAACAACCAGCAUUGCCUCAUCGAAGGGAAGGAAUGACAGACGAUCUUCCACCACCACCAGAUCCCCCUCCAGGUCAGGGUUUAAGGCAGCAAAUAGGCCCGAGCCAGCAUGCUGGUAACGUGGAAACCUCAACAGAGAGAAAAGGAAGCUCUCUGGAGACACCACAAGCAUCCACCUUAGAAGACACAAAGAGCUCAUUGGAUUGUCCAGCUAGAGCAUCCCUAGAGUGGCAGCGACAAACCCAAGAAUGGAUAAACUCCACAGAGCGCCAAGAAGAUAUACGGAAAGCCCUACACAAACAAAGUGUUGGAUCAGAGGAGACAUUGGUGCCCUACAGCAAGCCCAGUUUCCCAUCUCCAGGAGGUCACAGCUCAUCAGGAACAGCUUCUUCUAAAGGAUCCACUGGACCUAGGAAAGCCGAGGCUUUGAGGGGAAGUCACCAGCGCAAUGCCAGCGACCUUCUUGACAUAGGAUACAUGGGCUCAAAUAGUCAAGGACAGUUUACAGAGUAACUGAGAGGAGACAUGCAAAGCUGCUCUGAAGGACCACCAGGUCUGAACUCAUGGAAGUGAUGACACUAAACAGUGCAAUGAACAAUUUCUUUAUUUAUGUACUAUUAAAAGACUGUAAAUGCAAUGUAAAGACACACAGCCACACAUAUCCCACAGAUAUUUUACUUGUGUUCUUCUCUUAAGUACACCACCCACCUUAACUCUUUCUUGUCAGGAGUAUAUACAAAAGAAAGAAAACAAAACUCGCCCUCCAGGAAGAAAAGGAUUUUCCUCUGUAUAUAAUUUCUUUUGUGCGUUGCUAUGCAAGCUCACUCUUUUUAGCUCUGUUCAUACUAUUGUCUGUUUUUAUUGGUCUGUUGUACUAUAUGUGAAUUAAUAGGCUGUGGUGCCAUAUAUUAACUUUUAAUUGUGUAACUUUUAUGUUUAAAUUUUGCACUGCAAUUUUAUUUGGUGAUAAGCACAAAUCUCUACUCCUCGUGACAUGAAGAACAAGACUGAAUGUGAAGGGAGUUUCUGUACUGUAAGCUAGGCUGGAUAUGCUGGUUGGAACCAAUCAUGUGAGAUGGUUUGCAGUUGGGGUGUAGAAACAGGAAGAUGCAAAGGAACAGUGGUGUUGGCGAAGUCUUCCUUGAGUACCAGGGACUGAGUCAAUAAAAAGAAAAGCAGAAAGGUGGCUUUUACUAUUGACAAAAUGCAGGGGUCAAAGAAGGAAAUCUAAGUCUUAAGGCUAAAUAGGUAUUAAAAUACACAGGUAGCAAAGAUGUACUAAACUCGCUAAAAAGAGAAAGAAGAAGAAAAUGAAAAUGAAAGUUACAUGUAGCAUCAACUUUACCUGUCAUUGUAAUUGACCCAUCUGAGAAUUAUAACAAGCAAAAGGAAAUGAAGGUGUUUCGCAAGAGCUGUGUUUGUAUUACAGUGUUUUCAAGAAGCAUUUUCUGAAUUACCAUAAUUAAUCUCUCCAACUCAUUAAGUCAGGAUCUAAUAUGAAGUUCCCCAAGGAAACAAACAAAAUGAACUCUAGAAUAUCUAGCAAAUAGUUAAAGAGGCAAUUUAUUAUUAGGACAUACUCGGGCUGCUUCCAAAUGCAAAAACUCUAUUGCAAUAUCUUGUUUCAUCUUUCUGAUACAUGUUCAGUACACACUAGAGGAUAGAGCUGCAUCGCUUAAAUUUAUGACUUUGAAAAAAAUCAUGCAGUCUAUAGACAAUUCUGUGUUUUGUUUGACUAAGAGGUGAAGUUCAUGCCACCAGAUGUAUAGCCAAAUUGUAAGUGCUUAAAAAGCAGUGCUCAGAGUAUGUUCAGUUCACAGUAAGUAGAUUUAUCGAAAGAAACAUUUUAUGGUACAGUCUCAGAAAUUGGCUACCGACUAAAAUAUGUUUGACCCAUUUUGAAUGAGUAAAUUGAAAAGAAAAAUUUUAAAGGAGAAACAAUGCAUGUUUAUACGCUUUUUAAAUAAAACCAAACCUCGUUAAGUGGACAUUAAUCACAGUGUCCUGCCUCAUUUGUUGUCACGACUUUGAGAACAAGAAAUUCCUGAACAUCAGUCAUGUAUGGUCAAAAUGAAUAUGGCUUCGAAAUAUAUGUAGCCACUGUAUGUGAAUAGUGAAGCAGUCCAGUAGAAGAAAACUUCCCUGAAAUUCCCACUUGUGACAUUUUUCCAUGUGCUGCCUACAACAGCUGUAAAUUCGACUUCUAGUUAUACUUUCUCAUGUUUUCCCUAUGAUGUGCUCAGUAGUUGUACUCUGAAAAAUAUUCGAUGUAACGAUUAGAAUCAAUCGUAAAAUAUGGGACCCGCUUGAGUGAUGAUUCAUACUCCAUGCAUUAUUGGCUCAGUCACCAAUUCUAUGUCAUAUUUGUAAUAGCAAAGGGAUAACAUAAUUUGAUUUUUCCCUUUUUUGUUUCCUGAGACUGCAUCAAGACAGGCAAGAGUGGAGGAAACUAAUGUUCUUUAUGGGCCCCAAUGUUUUUGGUGCCAUGUGGUUCAUUUCUUCACUGAAGAGAAAAAAACUAUUCUGAAACAUACUUAUUAAAUGCUGUAGCAACUUCCUAUAAUCAGUGCCUGAUUUGAAUGCAGUUUGGUUUCUCUGGGUCAGAUUGUCCACGGAAGGUGAAAAGUUUCUGUGAAGAAUGAGUAAACAUUCACAACAGUAGGAUGUGAGGUAUUUAAUUUCUACUUAUGCAGUUCCCUACUUCACCUCUUUCCGUUUAAAAACAAAGUUUUGUUCGUGUUCCCUCUUUAUGCUAUUCUAUAACCCACUUUAGAUUAAAGCUUUAGUUCAUUACAUUUAUUACACAUAGACUUUGUACCCUGGUAAAAGGUGUAUGUGACUAAUAAACCAAGACUUCAAAAUUAGAUUACGUGUAUGCAAGUGACUUCGGGAAUAACGUAGGACAUAGCCUUAAACCUUCUUAUUUUCAGUGUAUAAAAAUUAACUGUUCUGGUUAGCUUUUGGCAACAGCGACCUUAUGGUUGGUUACCUAGAAUGUUCUUUUAGAAUAUUCCACAUACCCUUUUAAAUCUAAUUUUAAAUAAAUUGGUCAGUAAAAUCUUGCACCCAAUAUAUCAUCCUCACAGAUUUAGAACAAGAUCAAAUGCUGUGGCAAUCCAAAUGACUUCAGGAAUCCUGGGAAAAAAAUCAAAAGCUUUUGACAACUUGGUAUAUGUAAAAAGCUUCUAAUCAGCAUAAGUCAGAAUGUCGUUAAAGAAAUACAAACAUGUAUGAGAAUGUCAUUUUUUUCAUUUUGUAGCCCAGUCGAUGAAUGUCAUUAGAAAUCACUGAGCUCACUCUUCUUCAGGUCUAAACAAGGCCUGUAUAAGUUGUCAGAGGGAAAUCUGGAUGAAAGAGAAUGUAAACUUAUCUCACACUCACAGGCAAUGCCACGGUGCAGCCAGGCCCUGAACAAUACAGCUCCAUUCUCAACGCGCAAAGUCUCCAUUGGGGAAAUGCCCAUCAGUGUCCCAGCUCAGGAAUGCCUCAGUGUGUGCAGAGAGAGUCGCCCCACCCCUCCCAGAUCUUUUCCAUGAUGUAUUUAAAGUGGGAUAGUCCAGGGACUUGACAACAAUGGAUUCCUUCAUAGGAUUCGAACUCAGUACAAGGGAGCAUAUAGGAAAAUCAAGACCAACACUUAAGAUGUCAUAUAACCAAAGGGAAGUAAAAAUGUUGCACGUAUACUUGCUCUAACAAAACAGAUAAAAUGGUGUUCUUUGUCAUAGUUUAAUGCUCUGGGAAUUUAAAUAUAUCUUCAAUGGGAUUCAAGUUGAAAGUUUAUAUGAGCUUUGAUAGAACACCUCCAAUUUCUGUUCAACAAAUUUAGGUAAUUGUCCAUUGACAACAUAAUUAUAACAAUGCCGACGAGCUCUAAACUGUGGUUUAUCUUCGCCACUGGAAAGUGAUUGUGUAUCAGUAUUAAAGAUAUGCAGAUCCAUGACAUUCACUAAUUUGUACAUCUGCUUCUGUACAUUGUAUUUAUCAAGUUACAUGCCAAGAAUUGGUGUAAAGCAACAUGUCUUUCCACAUUAUCUUAGAGAUGAAGUUACUUUUAUUUUGCUUCUCUAUAAUGUGUACUUCAAAUGGAACCCCGUACCUUUUUUAAAUGAAUUUCAGUUUACUGAUUUUUCUUAUCUCAUUUUCAAAAUCAUUUAUUGUGACUUUAAAGUGUUGCAAGAUAAGGGAUUUUGUGGCCGUGGGUAGACUUUUUAUACUUUGUUUUAUAGAUUGACUUUUUUUUAACUAGUUUGUUUAAGUCACCAAACAGCGUCCAAAAUCUUAAUGUGUUUCAUUUGAUGUUGUUAGACCAGAAAAGAAAUUGGCAUAAAAUUGGUUAAUAGUAUUGUCAAAGAAUUGUGUAUUGUGUACUCACUGGGAAAAAAUAAAAUAUAUUCACAUUUCAAAUU